CUAGUAAAAUUCAACCAAUCAAACGCGUCGUAAGAAAAAAGGCGAAGUUUUGAAAUUUGAAGUCACGAUCAAGUGUUCGUGAAGAUGGUGUUUGAGCGUUCCCCAGUACGAAGAAACGAUUUUGACAGCUCAGAUGAUGAAGAAACUGAUGUUGUUGAAAAUCUAACACCUUUCCAAGUAGACUGGGUUGACCUUUCAUUCACUGGAUGCUGUGCAGAGGUUGUUUGCAUCAGUGGGUUACCAGGAUGCAAAUAUAAAGAUACCAACAGGAAUUUAAGUGUAGACAUAGCUCACCUCAAGGCCAUCAACAUUACAGAUGUGUUUGUGUUCUGUUCUAAUCGUGAGAUGGUCAGGUGUAGAGUCCCUUAUCUUGUUGACGAGUACAGCUGUGCUGGAUUUAAAGUUCAUCAUUUCCCAGUUGAAGAAGGAAAUGUUCCUACCAUGGCUGAUUGCAGUGAUAUGAUUGAACAGUUGAGACAAUGUAUCAGCUUUGGACACAGGAUACUUUUACAUUGUGUUUCUGGCUUAGGAAUUUCUUGUGUAGCUGCAGCAAUCCUACUGCUAACCCUGGAUGAACUUGUGACUCCCGAUCACGUCAUUUCCAAGCUGCGCCAAAUCAGAGGUCAGCGGGCAUUCCAGACAGUGAAGCAAUAUAACUUUAUUUACGAGUUCCGUGACUUAUACAAAGCUCACCUGGAAAAUCAACGAAAUUCUGUGGAAGCUACGCCAAGAUCGCUUUCAAGAUGAAGUACAGAAAAAUAAUUAUUUGUACAGACUCAUUUGAUAUGUUGUGUUAAUAGGAAUUGUUUAAAUUAUUAUUCUUGAAUGUUAAUAUUGAUUGUAUAACAAAUAUCACUAGACUAGGAUAUGAAAUGUUUGUAACUAACCACUGAAAAGGAAUAAUUUUUACAGUUCGUUAUCAUUAAUUAUAACCCACAUAAUUGUUAAUUAUCCAUGUAAUGUUCGUUAGUUAGGGAGUACCAUGAGUUUGUCAUGUUACAAAUGUUUGACAUUAUGAAUUAUCGCAGCCAUAUUUUUCGUGUUUCCAACACAAACCCCUCGAUUUAUUGGAUAUGAUCGCAAGAUUGAAGAGAACGAGAGAAAUAAACAGGAAACUUAGCGUUGUGUGAAAACAA